UGUUGAGGGCAAUUCUGUGUGCCCCCCAGAGCGCUCCGCGUUGCCUCAUAAAUCCCGCCAGGAACGGCGGAAUCUGUCUGGAAAUGGCGGGAUGGAGCCUAAAUCAACUGGGGAUGGAUCCUAAAUCCCCUGGGAUUGAGCCAAAGCGCCCAAAUCCUGGCGCUUCCAUGGAUAAGGGCGGUACUGGAAAGGGCGGGCGCCCAGCCCCUUUCCGGCUCUUCCUGAGGCGGCUCCGCUAUUUGCUUAGCGCCGUUCCCGGGGCCGGUUCUGGGCCGGGAUUGGCACUGGUCUCGGGGCUCCUUCGCCACCGCAGCGUCCCCAAGGUGUCCCCAAGGUGUCACCAGUGACCAUGGAGCCCAAAGAGCUGUCCCCGGCCCUGCUGCAGCCACAGGUCACUGUGAUGGCCACCCUGGGCGAGCUGGUGGCCCUCCUGCCCAGAUGGGAGGGGAUUCUGCUGCUGAACGACUUCGGAAACUGCGUGUACAGGGACCUGAAGGAUUUCAUUGAGAACCUCCAGGUCACCCUGCACCGCACUGAGGGCACCUGGUGGUACCGCCAUGUCAACUCUGAUGAUGAUGACUCUCUCAUCCCCCUGAGCCAGGCCCUGGCUGCCUGGGAGAGCACCCCAGGGACCACCCAGUUCUGUGUGAUAGGGGCAGCCAACAAGUGGCAGGAGUCGGUGUCACUGCUUGUGAAAAGCUGGGCCAAGCUGGCCGGGACAGCCACCAAGCUGCGCAAUGCCUGCAGGGAUUUGGCCACCAAAGUGGCUGACAGGGUGGCCAGCACUGACACCCGGCCCAGGGAGAUGCAGGCCAUGGCUGCCCGUUAUGGGACAGCUCAGGAAAACAUGGGGAAGCUGGGUCAGGCCUUGGGCAGGAAGGAGGAGGCUGAGAUGGUGGCCGGGCAUGAAGCGCAGGGGAGGGGACAUGCCAUGGAGGCUGCCAGCAAGGCCACCACGGAGAGACAGCGGGUGGAGGCGUCCCUGGGGCUGCUGCAGCGCUUGGUGGCCGCGUGUGACGAAGCCACCGUGCUCCCCCGCGACCUGCGGCGCCUGAUGAAGGUCAUCAAGGCUGCCCUGGAGAGGACAGAUGAGGCGUCCCACAAUGUCCGCAAGGACUUGGUGGCCAAGGUGGCUGAGGCCGAGCGGCUGUGUGAGGCCAACGCCCGCCUGGUCAAGGGUCACCUGGAGGGGACACUUGAGGCCAUCAAGUUCUUGUUCGAUGGUGAUCCCAUCAGCUCCAGUGCCUGUGGGGUCGCCGAGCGCUGCCAAAGAGCCAUCGAGGACAUCCCAAGGCUCCUUCGACCCCCGGAGUGUCCCCAGAGAAUCCCCAAGGUGUCCCCAAUGAGCAUGGAGCCCCAAAAGGUGUCACCUCCACAGCUGCAGGUGGUGGUGGCCGUGGUGGCCACCCUGGGCGAGGUGGUGGCCACUGUGACGGGGCCACACUGGGGCAAGUUCCCAGACUCCCUGUAUGAGAGCCUGAAGAGAUUCACCCGGAGCCUCCGUGCAAUCCUGAACCAAGGUGAUGUCACCUCCCUGGGCCACUGUGGUGUCCCCUCCCUGAGAAGGGCCCUGGCCACCCUCUGGGCCACCUCCAGGAUCACCUGGGCCAAUGUGAGAGCUGCAGCCAGCACCUGGCGGGAGUUGGUGGCCAAGCUCGUGGACAGCUGGGACUGGCUGGCCAGGGAGGCCACCAAGCUCCGUGACAACCACAGGAAGGUAAUCACGGACCAGCAGCUGAUGGUGUCCCUGGACGAGGAGGAGGUGACCUGGCAAAUGGCCACACACAGUGCCCGGGUGGCAGCAGCCGCCAAUAAAACCAGGGCAGAGGCUGGAGUGGCCACCAGGAGGGGACAUUGGUCAGAGUUGGCCCUGGAGCCGCUGCAGCGCUUGGUGGCUGUGUGUGAUGGAGCCAUCUUGUUCAACUGGAACAUGGAGUGGCAGCUCAGGGACAUCGAGGUCCUCCUGAAGGGGAUAAAUGAGGCAUCCCCUGAUGUCCUUCAGGCCUUGAUGGCCAAAGUGGCCAAGUUUGAGCAGCUGUGGGAGGCCAGCACGCACCUGGUCAAGGAGCACCUUCUGGGGACACUUGAGGUCAUUGACAACAUCCUCUUGAGUCCCUAUGUUGUCCUGGAUGGCCCUGGCAGACGCGCAGUGGCCGAGCGGUGCCAAAAAGCCUGGGAAGACAUCCCAAGGCUGCUGCAGGAAAGUUUCACAUAGGGGCAAUGACAUCAUUGGAGACAUCGCUGCUGUCACCUGUGCCCUCCCCGUGUAGAAUUUGAGACAGAUUUGGGGAAUUUUACAGGGAAUUUUCAGUGAUACUGUCCCAAAUUCUGUUGGGAAUUCCUGGAGUGAUGUCACAGGGAGAGGGGACAUGGCUGAAUGAGUCCCCUCAAGAGCUUCCAGCUUUCCACUGUGCAGCAGAGCCAGGUCAUAAAUUGCAAAUUUAUGAUUGGCUUCUGCAAUUCUGUAUUGGCUUCUGCAGUUUUGUAUUGCCUUUUUGCACUUUUUUAUUGCCUUUUGCACUUUUGUAUUGUCUUUUACACAUUGUUAUUGAUCUGCGUCAAUUUGAUAUGGUAUUUGAUACUGAUAUUGAUUAUCGGUGAUUCCUUGUAGCUGCUGGUUGGUGCAAUGUAAUCUAUCAGAUCCUUUGUGCACUGUACAGCUUAUAAAUUAAUUAAUUAAUUAAUUAAUUAAUUAAUAUUCUCUUUCAGACUGGGCUGAUCUGAGCUCUGUGUCAGACACAUCACUUGACCCCAUCGAGAGAUAAGUGGUCAAUAAAUCCACCUACAUGUUCCCUGAGGGGAGCACAGUGAGGGAGCUGCUUCAAGGCGCUGUCACUGAGAUAUUUCCCCUUGAAAAUCCUGGGUGGGAGGCAAAUACACCCAAGCAGAUGGCAAAAUUAAAAUGAUAUCAAAGCCUUGUGGUAUGGGGGUGAAAACAUGUGGUCUCUAAAGCUGUGAAUUGGUCAAAGCUUUACCAAGUGAGGCAAAAUUAUGAUGAAUCACCCACUGAUUUUUUAAACAGGUGGAGAGAAAAUGCCAUCAAGUAUACUGAUGAAUCAGCUGAUGGUAAAGCACACCUGGUUUUGUUUUGUGUCGGUCAGGCUUCAAAUGACAUAAGAAAAGAUAAAGGGAGUUCAAGACAUGGAUAAACUGCUGGAGGUUGCCUGGAAGGUGUUUUCAGACAGAGGCCCAACUGAAAGAGUUAAUCCCAACCUGGCAAGAACGCAACUCCGGAAAAGUGACCCAAGAAAGCUUCCCCUAUGGAGAAGGCUCACAGUGCAUCCUGUAAGAAAUGGGGGCAUUGGAAAAAGGACUGUCCGGUGCUGAAAGAAAAAUCAUCAGUCCCUGUUGUAGCAGCGGUCCCCAGUGGGGAAUAAUGAGCAUUGACUCCAUGAUUGCAGCAGGCUGAUCAAUCACUUUGUUAUACCAUCCUUUACUACUAAGAAAAACCCAUGGCCCUUGCCUGACAGUCACAACACACAUGUGGAUGCAAUCGGUCAAUCAAGCCAAACAACCAUCACCAGUGGCCAGUUGUUCUGGUUUGAAAGCAAAAGCAGUGAGAGACUCCAAGUCAGAAAUACAAGUUUUUACACAAAGGGAAAAAACCCCAAAAUACAUGAACCACAAAAGAAAAAUAUACAUAAAUGUAUAAUGCACAUAAUAAUGUAUAUAAAAAAUAUAUAGAUGUAUAGAUAUAUAUAUAUAGAUAUAUAUAUAUAAAAUACAGAAUGAAACCUUACACACAGAUCUCAUUAAAAUUAGGUCUCUUUGUGGUACACAAGGGGUUUCCCCAUCCUUCUGCAUUACCCACCCAGAGUAACCAGGUCCUUCAGCAGAAACGUUGGUGUACUACGUUGGGCGCCAAAAUUAUGUUCUGGUUUGAAAGCAAAACCAGUGAGACACUCCAAGUCAGAAAUACAAUUUAUUAGAAAAAGGAAAAAAAACCCCAAAAGACAUGCAAUAAUACAAAAUAAAACUACUGACAGAGUCAGAAUAUAUCCUGACACCCUGCUGGUUAGGGCACUGGUAGCAGUUGAGAUGAAAUGGUCUUGUUGAAGUGGUGAUCCUGUAGAAACGAUCUGGUAGCUCUUGUCCUCUGGAAACCAGUGGGUAAGGGCUGCCUGUUCUGUCCCAAAUCCCAGAUUAUAUCCAGGUGGGGAUGCUGAGCUCCUCCCCCCUGGGCAGAGCAUCUCCCAAUGGGCUGAUAUCAUUCUGAAUCAUGAUUGGUCCUUGAUGACCCAUUAAACAGAAAUGGCUUCCUGAGGGAGUUAUCUCUGAGUCAUGGGGCAAGGGAUUGAGGGGCCCAUUCACAGGAGAUAAGGAAAAAACAAUGCCUCUGCUCGUCUGAACAGCUCUUGAGGAUGGGAAUGGAAUAAAUCUUUAUGUUUUAACCUAGGACAUAAUCCACCCCUUAUCCUAUUGCCAUCUAUACCCAAACCAAUGUUCUGUUACAGUUAUAUAUAUCUAUAAUGCAAAAUGAAACUUUAUACACAGUUCUUACUUAAAUAUAAGUCUCCUGGUGGUACACAAGGGGUUUCCCCAUCCUUCUGCAUUACCCAAUGAGUGGAACCAGGUUCUUGAGAAAAAAACCUUGCUGCCCCACUUUGGGUGUCAAAAUUAUGUUCUGGUUAGAAAGCAAAACCAGUGAGAGACUCCAGGCCAGAAAUAAAAUUUAUUAGGAAAAGGAAAAAAACCCAAAAAUACAUGCAAUAGUACAAAAUGAAACCACUGAUAGAGUCAGAAUGCAACCUGACACCCUGCUAGUUAGGGUGGUGGUAGCAGUCCAGAUGAAACGGUCUUGUUGAAGUGGUGAUCCCGUAGAAAAGAUCUGGCAGCUCUUGUCCUCUGGAAACCAGUGGGUAAGGGCUGCCUUCUGUCCCAAAGCCCAGAUGAUAUCCAGGUGGGGAUGCUGAGCUCCUCCCCACUGGGCAGAGCAUCUCCCGUGGGCUGAUUGCAGCGGUGCAGCGGUGGUGUUAGUGUUACUCGCCCAGGCUAGCCGGCCAGCAACCGCUAUCAGCACGGAGGGGCACUUGUCCCGAUAGCUUGGCUUCGGGAGAGCGCCUCAAGCAGACACCCAGCACUAUGGCUGUAGGUGCUGCCAGGUGCGGACGAGACCUGGAAUCACUGUGAUGAACAGGAAUAAAGAGCGCUCUCCGUUUUGGGGCAAAGUCUGGCUUUAAUGGUAUCCAGGGGAGCCAACAAAACGAAGAGGAUUUGACAGUUGAUACAUGUGGUUAUAACGGGAGUGGGUGGUAGGGGUGGAACCGGCACAGAGACCAGUGGGAAUCCAGGCGGGAAAGGGGUACAAGGGAUUGACAUACACAGGAGACCAAUGGGUACAGCCAGAAAGGGGGGGCUCUAGUCCCUGAGUCAAUCACUUAUAACCCUGGAGAGAAGGGAGUUAGCAGGGUGUGACUGGCAGGGCCCUGGGGAAGAGUAGGGGAAAGGAAUACAUUGAGUUGUCAGGGUAACUGGGGAGGAGUAGAACUGGAUACAUUUGGCGCCACGGGGACCAGAAAGAUUGACAUUUAACUGGGAGAGGUGUUGUCUUCAAGGCGUGGCGAUCUGGUUCUUAGUCCGGCAAGGUGGCCCUAACCCCAGGGUCACUCGGUCCAUAUGUUCCUGACACCAAUGUGGUGAACAGCAAAUGGCGUUUAUUGAGGGGUCAUAGGGGUCCUUUAUAGCUUGGGCAGUCAGUGUCAUUUCCUUCUGCUCAUGUCCGGCUGGGUGCGGCCAGGUACGGAGCAAAGGUCUGACUGAAGGGGGCGAUAUCCUGACUGACCGUACAGCCCGAUUUCUUCCGCACGCAUGUCCGUAACUCUCCACAGAGAGGAGGGAGAACCUGGGCAGAACUGUUACAACAUGGUGGGAAACAGAGCAUUCCAACUUCAGACAAAGGGAGAACAAAUCAAGCAAAGGGAGAGUAAAACAAGCACACCACAACAGGCUGAUAUUGUUCUGAGACAUGAUUGGUCCUUGAUUGCCCAUCAAACAGAAAUGGCUCCUGGAGGGAGUUAUCUCUGAGUCAUGGGGCAAGGCACUGAUGGACUCAUUAAUAGGAGAUAAGGAAAAAACAAAGUCCUAUCGCCCUGACUUUUAAGUUUGUCUAAGCCUUCCGAUGUUUACAUUCUUGUAAGGAACUUUCUCACACAAUUUAUGUAAAUAUACCUUAUUGUUUUACAUUCUUUUAUGGAGGAGGAGAAGAAAUUUGAUGGACUGUUGGUUUGUUCAGUGUCAUUGGAGAGGUGGCACUUUCACCCUCCAAUCCACUGUCACUUUUGGAAAUCUGUAAAUGUUGGUGUCAGAAAUUAAAAGUGCUCUAUUUUACCUUG